CUAGAAAAAGUAUAAAAAACUUUCUACUCGAAUGUCAAAACACUUGUCUUGUAGCGUCAAAUUUGUGAAAUUGAGGUCCUGGGAGAAGAUUCUCUGCAAAAUGAAACUCAUUGUGUUUGCCGCCUUGGCUCUGUUGGUGUGUGUUGCUGUUGCAACACCAGCAACCGAAGAAGAGAAGGUUCUUGAUGUUCUCAAAGAGCCUGAAGAACAAGAAAAUGCAGAAAACGAUGAAGCAGACGAGAACAUGGAUGAAGCGGAAGACACAGAAGCAAACCCGGUAGCUAGAACAAGCCAUUGGUUCUGCCGCCGCUACUUCCGAUUCCGAUACUGGCCUUGUCGCCGAUAUCUGAAAAGCUGCCACAGAUACUUUGGAUUCCGUCAUCGCUACAGAUGCCGCAGGUUUCUUCUUCAUACAAGAAAAUACCAUAAACGAUUGAUCUGCUAAGCGUCAAGACCAAAGUUCGCUGAUAGGGAGCUGCCGUUGAUUUCGCUGAACUGACUUUCGCAUAUUUUCAGUAUAUGUACGGGCAAGUUACUCAAAAUGGUAAAAGAAAUUAAAAAAACUGAUGCGCAAAUAUACCCUUUUGUACUUUGCAUCUGUUAAAACUAAUGUAGAUUUGGAACCAGAGAAUAUGAAUUAUAAAAGAUUUAGCUGAGAAA